AUGUGUGACUUGGACUCUUCCGGUGUCAAAGUUGACCGGCUCUGUUGUCACCUCUUUGUUGCCUCCGUAGCGCCGCAAUCUGAGGAGUCGAUGUGUGUUACAACUGUUUCCACAGCAGAAACGAGCUCGGAUUUGACCUGAUUGAACCAGACCCCUCACACAUGAUUGAUCGACCUGCAUGCUGAUUAUUGUGAAAAAGUCAAAGCCAGCCAAAAGAUGGACGAAAAGAUGAAUGGAUCUCUGCCUGUUGUGUCCCCGGAGUAUCUCCACCAGUGGGUUCAGUCCGCCCAGCAGUUCCAAGCUCUCCAAGCCCAGUACUCCAACUUCAACCCCAACUACCAGUUUCCCCACCCAGAGAGUCGGCCUGCAGAGCCAGCCGCGGCACACAUGGACGGCACCACGGAUCAGAUGGAACCAACAAAUCUAGUCAAACCUCCGGCCAAGAAAAGGGGCAGACCGGCCCAGCCCAAGGAACCGCGUGCACCCAAGCCACCCAAAGUCCCCAAGCCACCCAAAGUCCCCAAGCCACCCAAAGUCCCCAAGGCGCCAAAACCACCCAAGGAUCCAAACGCACCGAAAGCAAAACCCGGUCCAAAGCCCAAAAAAUCGGCUGACGGAAAGCAGGAGAAGAUUGACGAGAGCUUCAAGAAGGUGAAGAGGAAAGUGGACCGCUUUAAAGGGAUGUCAGAGGAGGAGGUCAUGAAGAAGACUCUGCCAGACCUCCUGGAUCACAACCUGGACUACGUCAUUAUUGGUAUCAAUCCAGGACUGAUGGCAGCUUAUAUCGGCCGGUGGUUUCCAGGUCCUGGGAAUCAUUUUUGGAAGUGCUUGUUUCUAUCGGGGUUUACUGAGGAUCAGCUGAACCACAUGCACGACACAACUCUACCGGUUAAGUACAAAAUGGGCUUUACCAACAUGGUUGCCAGGGCAACACCAGGGAGCAAAGACCUCUCAAGCAAGGAGUUACGCGAAGGAGGCAAAAUUCUGGUGGAGAAGCUGAAGAAGUACAAGCCCCUCAUAGCUGUGUUCAAUGGAAAAUGUAUCUAUGAAAUGUUCUGCAGGGAGCUGUUCGGGAAGAAACCACAAAAGCUGGAAUUCGGUUUGCAGCCACACAAGAUACCCGACUGUGACGUGGCCCUGUAUCUGAUGCCAUCCUCCAGCGCCCGCUGUGCCCAGUUUCCACGAGCUCAAGACAAAGUCCACUUCUACAUCAAACUCAGGGAGCUAAGAGACCAGCUGAAGGGCAUCCGAAGAAGCACUGAGAUUGAGGAGGUUGACUACUCGUUUGACCUCCAGUUAGCUAAAGAGGAUGCCAAGAGGCUGGCAAUAAAGGAGGAGCAGUAUGAUCCUGGUUAUGAAGAUGCCUAUGGGGGAGCAUAUGUGGAGAAGACGGCUGAGGGGGGCCAGGCGGAAGGCCAGACCAACGGUCACUGUUCAUUCUCGUCCGCUGAAAACACAGAAGGCGCGCAGGAGGCGACCGCGUCACACACCGCGGAGGGCCAGCUUCCAGACGGGCAGUGGAUGACCCAGUCCUUCGCAGAUCAUAUUCCCGACAUCAGCGGCGCACCAAAACAAGGCAGCGUGUGAGGGAAGCGUCAGGGACCAGCUCAGCUCUUUACCUCACUCCAUCAUGCUCAGAUGAUUACUUUAUUUUUCUUUUCAGUAGCUUUUGAGUGGGAAAUAGCCACAUUUAGGACUUUGUAGAUAGAAAUGUGCAGAGGAUGCUGUCUGCGUUUUUUAUUCUGUUAUAGAAUCUUGUAUGUAUUUAAGAGUGUCUUCAUUGCAGUCUUUUUAAAAAUGUGAAACUGGGGCUGAUGAUUGAAUGCUUUUAAAAACAGAUCAUGUGUUAAAACAUUUCUUUUUCAUGCUGCAAUAUGUGUCAACAUUAAUAUCUGCUGUGUGGACAGUAGGUGACACUGGUUACUUGAUAAGCCUUCUCAACAGUACCGACCUGUACGUUUCUCUGUCUGCAGGGGUUAAAAUGUCAGUACUGUUAAACACUCAUGGUGCUAUGAAGUCUGGGGGCACAGCCACAGCUGGAACUUCUUAAACCCUUUUAAUGUCAUGUUACACAACUGCUAAAACAAACACUUUCAUUAAAAUCUUUUUUGCUAUGUUCUAUUAUUGUAAAGAAAAUUUGACAAGGAAUUUUAUGAAACUUUUUUCAAAUAAAAUAUCCUGACAAGGUU